AUGGACAACACGAAGCGCAAGGUGGCGCUUCAGAGGCGCCUGCCCAAUCUGCAGAAGCAGGUCCGCGAGCUCGCCGUCCUCUGUGACGUCCCCGCGUGCCUUGUGGUGUACUGCCCCGGCGAGGCCCGGCCGGUGGUCUGGCCAUCGCCGGAGGCGGCCUCCGAGGUCGUGCGUCGGUAUAGAGGCCUUCCGGACUCGGAGAAGUUCAAAAGCCAGCUGGACGGUAUAGACUUACUCGAGCAAAGGAACGACAAGGUGAGAGCAAAACUUGCCAAAGUUCAGCAGCAGUGCCAUGACAAGGAGACCGAGCUUGUCCUCCUUGACUUCCUCACCGGCCGCCGCAAAAGCUUCGACGACCUGCCUGCUGACUUAGUCGCCUCAGUCGAAUCGAGGGUGCAGAAUAAGCUCCAGGCCAUCAAGCUGCGCCUCCAAGAGCUCCGUUCGGGUGCUACACCAACACUGAGUCCACAACCUCCUCCUACGUCCGUUGGUACAUCCCCCGUUGGUACAUCCCCCGAUAGCGUCAACUCCUCUUCCACCUCGAAAUGA